AUGGUGUAUAUUUUACAUGGAAUUGUAAAUUUUCCUCAUAAUAAUAAAUCUCAAAUAAUUUGUCCAUUUCCAAUUAUCAAUCCAUCUUGGUCAACAAAUCAAACACUUAAUAUACAACAGAUUAAUACAAAUAAUUCAACUAAUCCAUGUAUAGUAAAUUAUUUCAAUGGGAUAACAACUACAAGUACACCUCAAAUAAGUCAUACAGUGGAUCCAUUUAUAUUAUCUGAACAAUUGUCUAGAAAUUCAAAUAUUGAUCUACUUCAAACUACAAUAUCACCAGUAUGGAAUAGAGAAUAUUGUUCAAAUGAAAAUAAUUUACCAAUUCUAUUAGAAUUACCUACAAGUAUAAAGAAUGAAACCCGGUCAUUCGAUUCAGAUCAAUCACAACAAUCGAAUAACUCUAAAACAAAUCAAGUUCCAGCUGAUACGGUGACAAGUACUACUCGGAGUCUGACAGAAGAUGAUUCAUUUCAUAUAUUUGUUGCAUUUUCUAACUUUGGAACUAUUACAGAAUGUAAGAUUAUUAAAGAUAUGCAUACACAGAAGCCUAAAGGAUAUGGAUUUGUAGCGUAUGCAUCAAGACAAGAAGCAGAACGUGCAAUUCGAAUAAUGAAUGGUCAAAUUAUUGGCACUAGAGCGAUACGAACUAAUUGGGCUGUACGUAAAGACCCAGCUGAUCAAGCAAAAGACCACCGUCCAUUAAAUUACCUGGAAGUAUUUAACGCUUCAUCUGCUUCAAAUACAACAAUUUAUGUUGGUGGCAUAACUAAUGAGUUAACUGAAAAACUUCUUCAAGAUUCAUUCAAGCAAUUUGGUGAAAUCAAGGAAAUCAGGAUAUUUAAGGACAAAGGUUUUUCAUUCAUUAAAUUCGAUUCCCAUGUAGCAGCUACUCAAGCAAUAGUUACAAUGCAUGGAAAAAUUGUUGGUGAUCAAGCAUGUAAAUGUUCAUGGGGUAAAGAACCGACCUUUUCGAAUAAACAGGGAUUGGCAAAACGUUUAUCAUCCGCUUUAUUUGUUCCAUCUAUAAACGAUGAUUCAAAUGGAAUACUUUUCAGAUCACCAAACUCUUGGCCUAAAUCACCAAAUCAAAAUAGCAAUCUGAUAUUGGAGUUACCAGCAAAAAAGAGCGCCACUGAAAAGUUACAUCAGUUUAAUGUAAGCUAUUUAUCAUCAGGAGAUAAAACGUUAACAGUUACUAAUAGUCAACAGUUUCCUGGUAGAAAUAUUUUUCAUGAUACAACUAAGAUGAAUAAUACGACUGUUAAUCCUACAGGUACAAACCCAUUAUGUCCUUAUACAUGUUGGCUUGCUGGAAAUUCAAGUCAAGACGCUGCUAUACCUACACUACUGCUUGACAAUAUAACUAGAGGAUCAUUAUCGAAUCAAACUCUUGUUCCACUUGUAUCCUCAACAGAUAAUAACCCUUUACUUCUUGGUUUGUCAAAUAUUGAUAUGACAAAAAGUUAUCAUCCAGAAAAGUCAGAUUUCAGUAUUAUUCCAAAUAUUCCAAAUACACAAUUUCUUGAUUGCCAUAAUCCAAUGACCAAUUAUAAGCAUCCUGUAAUUCAAAAUAUCUCUAUUAAUCCUAAUUCUCUACAAACACAUGAAAAUUUUGACCUACAUAAUAUACAACAACAAUUUUUCAAUUUAAAACAGAUAACUAUACCAAACGUAGAUACAUAUGGUUAUUCUUUAAUACCAAAUAUACCUUUAAUUACUUUAUCAACAUUUCCAAUCAGUUCUACGAAUAUUGAAUCAUUGAAUCCUACUACUACCACUACUACUACUACUACAGCUUUUAUUAAUACAACAUGUAAUAAUUUACUUAAUAAACAGACAAUAAAUCACUCUAAUGAAUUAUCUAAUUAUGGUCAGUAUAGUGUAUAUACAACAACAGAUAAACAGAAUUACAUAUCAACACUAUCAACUGAUUUAUUACCUAAACAAAUUAUAACUGAAUUCUCAUCACCAACAUUAUCAACAUGUAUGGCAAUGAAUACAAUAAAUCCUAUACAGUGUAAUGGAAAUAAUUCUAAUAAAAAUAAUCAGAUAUUUCAUUGUAACAAUAAAUUAUAUAAGUACGCUUAA